CAGUCCACAGCAGACAUUGAGGUUUAAUGAUCGUGUUCAUAAUGCACUUCACCACUGUCUGUCUUUUAAGUUUUGCUCUUUACAUUUCCAUUGCUAAAGUUCAAGCAGAAAAUGACUAUGACUAUGAAGAUGACAAUCAAAAGUGCAGUACGACAGAAUCCUUUAAAGGAGUUACAGUAAAAUAUUCCAACAAUGGCAACGUGGGGAGUGAAGCAACCUACCACUGCAAAGAUGGAUAUAAACCCUACCCAAUCUCCAAAAAAACCUGCAACUCUAAAGGAAAAUGGGAGCCAGAAAUAUCCAGGGUGAUUUGUGAAGAAGAAUCAGAUUAUGAUGAUAUUGAGGAGCCCAAAAAGAACUGCUCUGUGGCAGAGAUGAUAAAGGGAGGCAGCGUUUCCUACUCCAACAAAGGCUUAGAAGGCAGUGUGCUGACAUACACCUGUAAUAUUGGAUACUACCCUUAUCCAGUCAGCACAAGAGUUUGUAACUCUAGAGGGGAAUGGUCAAUCAUGAUACUGCCUAAUGGCAAGACAGUGUCUACUGCUACAUGCAAAGACAUUCUUUGCCCAGCACAGCUUCAGUUGGAUAAUGGCCAGUUUUGGCCCAAGAAACAGUGGUUUAAGAUUGGAGAAGAGCAGGAAUUCUCAUGCAGGGAGGGUUUGACCUUGUUAGGUUCAGCCAAGCGAAACUGCACUGAAUGGGGCCACUGGACUGGUACCCUUCCAGUGUGCAUUGAUGAAACUGAUGGCUGCAGAGAUCCAGGGAUUCCGCCUGGAGCUAUACGCUCUGGAGACCGCUUUCAGAUCGGUGCCCAAGUGAAAUACCGCUGCCAGUCGGGCAUGGAUUUACUGGGGCCUGAAGUAAGAGUGUGCCUGGAUUCAAAAGAAUGGAGUGGGCCUGAGCCACGCUGCCAGGCCCCAUAUAUAUUUGAUUUACCAGCAAGUGUGGCUCAAGCCAUGGAUGGUUCUCUAUCUGCUGUAAUGGAUGUUUCAUCUCCUGAGUACAAAAAGAAAGCCCCAACUUAUGGGAGAACCUUGAAGAUAGCAGAUGGUCGGCUCAACAUUUUUAUUCUAAUAGACACAUCAGGAAGCAUUCAACAGGAUCAGUUUGAGAGGGCAAAGAAGGCGACUGCUAGCCUUAUACGCAAGUUGAGUAGCUAUGAUGUUGAAAUGAAGUUUGAUAUCAUUUCAUAUGCCAGUGAGCCCCGAGACAUUAUAACGGUUGUGCAAGACUUUAGUGACAGAACGGAUGUGGUCUUGGAAAGACUGAAUUUGUUUAAUCAAACACAACAUGGGAAAAAGACUGGUACCAAUCUCUAUAAAGCCCUCAAAUCUGUGGAAAGUAGACUUUCCUUCCUAAAGUCAGAAAAUAAAAAACACUUCAAUGAGACUCAGAAUGUCAUUCUCAUUGAGACUGAUGGCUACUCCAACAUGGGAGGCAACCCACAAUAUGUUCUGGGUUUGAUCCGUGAACUCUUGGGCUACAAAAGCAGAUCUACAGAUAACUCACAUGAGGAGCUUCUUGACGUCUAUGUGUUCGGCAUUGGGGCGAAUGUUAAGAUCAGUGAGCUGAAAAGUCUAGCUUCCAGUAAAAUUAGAGAGAGGCAUCUCUUUAUCCUAAGCAGUUACGAGGAUCUUGGGGAAGUAUUCAAUAGGAUGAUCAAUGAUUCUACAGUUACCAAAUGUGGAGUAGCUCAUGAGCUGGUUUCUCCAAGUAUUGAUGCUGCUGAUGAUGAUAUUGAGCCAUCUCAGGUUGCUUAUACCAGGCCUUGGCAUGUUUCUAUUAGUUGGCAAGGAAAGCCAUGCCAGGGCUCCAUUUUGACUGAGAAUUGGGUGAUCACAGCUGCACACUGUCUGAUGAAACUAUAUGGUGAUUCGGUGGAAUUGGCCAACCCAAGAGAUGUGAACAUUAUUCAUGGUAAUGGAAAAGUAGAUGCCUCAAUUCUAAUCCGUCAUCCAGAUUUUGAUGUCACAAAACUGAAGAACAAGGACAUCCACGAGUUUUAUGACUAUGAUGUUGCACUCAUUAAAGUGAGCAGUAAAAUUGAGCUGUCUGCUAAGGCAAGGCCCAUUUGUUUGCCAUGUACAAAAGCUUCAAAUCGAGCUCUGAAGAUGAGUCCUGGAGAGUCUACUUGCAAGAAACACAAAAGCACCCUGCUUGAUCUGCAGCAGACUCCAGCCUACUUUAUCCGUCAGGGGAAAACCCGAAAGCUGACUCACAUCCAGACUGGAGAAAAGAGAGGUGAUUGCAUUGAGCAACACAGACCAGCCUUGGCUUCGAACAACCUGGUGUCUCUGACUGACGUGAUCACGGACAGGUUCCUGUGUACUGGAGGAUCACAGAAAUACAAGGAUUAUAUUACCUGCAAAGGAGACUCUGGAGGUUCCCUCUUCCUUCGUAAGGGAAUGCGUUAUUUUCAGGUGGGAGUUGUGAGUUGGGGCACAAAGUCUGUAUGUGAGUCGACUACCCAGGAUGUUCCUGAGCCUCCUGUGGAUGCCCGUGAUUUCCACAUCAGUGUGUUCUCCAUUAUGCCUUGGCUUAAAGAGCACCUGCACAAAGAACUGGACUUCCUGGAAAACUGAAUUAAGCAUUAAAGUUGGACAAUUUUAGUAUAACCUGUUUUGGCAUCAUAAGACCUAAGAGAAGCAUCAUAAGGUAUAAUCUGCAAAUGUGUAUUUUUCGUAAUCUAGCUAAACUACUAGUGUAUCCUUAUACCUCUAAUAAUAACAAUCCUUCUUGUGCA